UCGUUUGCGUCGACCGUUGGCACCGUCCGGACCCCUGCACGAUGGAGAAGCUGAAGGAGCUCGAGGCUGCGCUCUCGGGAAACAAUCUGGAGGCGAUUUGGCUUGCAAGUGCCGCCUGGGCUGCCCAGCGGGAGGGCACUGCGAGCACAUCGUCUCACGAGGGAACCUUGACGUUGAAGUCUUUGGAUCGUCUCUUAAGUCUUGCAGUUGGGUGCUGCAAAGACAUUGAUCCCAAGAAUUGCUAUAUCAUGUCUCUGGCGGUGAUGCACAUGGCCCCCCUCGCUGCCCAGAAAUCCAACAAGGAGGAGUUGAAGCUGGUGAAGCAGGGACUGCGAGGAUGCCUCCGAUUUUUGCUGGAGAACUUCCUACUCAAAGAGGCCAAAUUGGCACCGGGAGAUGAGAUCCAAUUGUGUAUUUCUCUGCAGAAUUUCUGCGUGGGCUUUGAGAAGGUUGUGGAGAUCUGCCACUGCAGUGACGCUGCCACUGUAGCUGAUUGCCUGUUCCCUUCAGGCGAUGGCCUUGCGGUCUGCGAGGCCAUUCAUCGGGCAGUGUUGCAGCCCUUGCCGCAGCGAGAAGCGGUGGAGGAUGCAGAUCAGAAGAAACUGCAGGAUCUCUGCCACUUCUGCCGCUGGAAAGUCUCCAGAGCCGUGACGCAACUCUUGUGCCAUGCACUGAAUGCGGCCAGCAAAUUGGGAUGGCAAGGAGGGACAGCCCGACUCUGCAAGGAAGAGACUUGCAAGGCUCUGUGGCACGAAGCACGCUGCGGGUCCGACGCGGCGCGACAGCAGCUCUGCUUAGAGCUGCUGUGGCAGAUCACCCGGCGCACCAAGAACUGCAAAGCUGGUGAGACCAUCCAGCGACCUCAGUUCCUGGUGAAAUUUCUGGAGGCCGGGGGUGGAAGAUGGUUUGACCAGGAGGUGACCUGUGGCAAGAUGAUUCAGAACACGGCGCCAAAGGAUUUCCCCGCGAGAAAAGCGAAGAUGCUGAACGAAGUGUCUGAAUGCGGUGGUGGCAUUCUGCAAGGCACUUGCGCCCUCCGUUGGGGCCACCUGAACCAAGAGAAGGUGAAGGUGAUGCUGACGAAACACAGUUUUUCGCUGGAGUUUCCAGGUGCGGAGAUCCUGGGAACCCUCCUGCAGACUUUUGUUUUCCAGGAAAUUUUGAUGCACAAGGACCGCCCCAGCAGCGCCCAAUGGCCGUUGCAAGUUGGAAUUGACCCCUAUGCUGCGAUGGUGUUGCGCGCCAUUCCUCCCGAAAUCGCCAAAUCGAUUGAUCAACAGCAAGUGAUGACUCUGGAGGUGGACGAGGACGCCAUGAGUUUCAUCGGCAAGUUGCAUGACCUCCUCCACGGCAACGACGCCCACCAAAACGCAUUGACCGCACCAGGAAAGACUUCGAGCUCCUCAAAGGCAGACGUGAAGAAAACCGCUGCAAAAGCGCAGCCCAAAGUGCCUCCGACCCGGAGAGUCACUCGAAGCAUGACCCGCAGCCAAUCCUUGGCAGCGCCGCUUACUUCGGCGCUGGCGCCACCUGUCCGAAGUCCCUCGGAUCCACGGCGAAGUGGCGGAAUCAGCAUGGAAAAUGUGCUUCCUUUGCAAGGUGCCAGCGAGCCGAUCCAUCGGCCAGAAGGGCCACCGAAGAAACUCAGGAAAGUUCAGGAGUUCCCAUCGUCCACGGUGGCGCCUCAAGCGGUUGCGCCACCGGAUGGCAACAAGAAGAAAGGUUUGUGGGAGAAGGCCAGCGACAUCGCGCGCUCCGCGAAAGCCAUGCUAGGCGCCACAGUGGCCACCCCAGCGCGGGCGGUCAGUUCCGCCGCCGUCCCAACGCCCACAUUGAAGCGCUGUCGCAGUGCUUCCCCGGGACGACGCAGCAGUGGCUUGGCGAACGUGAAUGGCGUGGUUCAGCGUGGUACAGAUCCGAAUUCAUUGAGCUCCGAAGCCUGUCCGUCCGGACUGAAUUCAGCGCCGCCUGCCGGUCCCUUCGCAACUCGAAGGGCCCGCUCCGCGGACCCAACACCAACUGCCAGGGCAGUGCCAGCAGUGAAGAGAAGUCGAUCUGAAGGGCGACAUGUGAAGAAGACUUCGACAGAUGCAACUUGGAAAAACUGGGAGAUAUGGCGGGUGGGUAGAUGA